AUGGGUUUAACUUUUUCGGCUGUAUUUCAGCAACUGUUUGGUAAAAAACAAAUGAGAAUUUUAAUGGUUGGUCUUGAUGCUGCUGGUAAAACAACUGUACUUUAUAAACUUAAAUUAGGAGAAAUUUUUACAACAAUUCCCACUAUUGGUUUCAAUGUAGAAACAUUAGAAUAUAAAAAUAUUAAUUUUACUGUUUGGGAUGUUGGCGGCCAAGAUAAAAUCCGUCCAUUAUGGCGUCAUUAUUUUCAAAAUACUCAAGGUCUUAUUUUCGUUGUUGAUAGUAAUGACCGUGAACGUAUUAGUGAAGCACGCGAUGAACUUCAACGAAUGAUUUCUGAAGAUGAACUUCGAGAAGCGACGAUAUUGAUUUUUGCUAAUAAACAAGAUUUACCAAAUGCUAUGAAUGCUGCUGAAAUAACCGAUAAAUUAAGUCUUCAUUCGUUACGCAAUCGAACUUGGUAUAUUCAAGCCGCCUGUGCUACCACUGGUGAUGGUCUAUGUGAAGGACUUGAUUGGCUAGCAAAUCAAUUAAAACACGCAAAAUAA